GUAAAACUCUUGUUUAUGCCUGAUCACGUCCAAGUUCAGACCCCCAAUCAACUUUAGCUUCUCUGCCUAUAUUUUGGAACAAAGUUAUUGAGUGAUGCACCAUGGAAGACUGCCUCCACACAUCUUCCGAAAACCUUUCCAAGCUGGUCAGUUGGGCCCACAGUCAUGGUACCAUUUGCAGCCUCAUUCCAAAUUUAAAACACCUACUUUCAGAGGGUUCCCAUGGCAACCUGACAGCUAUGUGGGGCUGUAGUGCAGGCCAUGCCUAUCACUGGCCACUGACAGCUACUUGUAGGGCUGGCUCACAGGAAAGAGUUUGUUUCCAGGAUAACAGAAGUUUCAACUCCGAUAGCCCCAGCCUAAUCGGCAUGCCUUCAGACCCCCAAGCCAGCCCGGUGGAACGCUAUCCAGGGAGGUCAGGAAAAGCAAAGUUGGACUGUAACAGAACCAGAGAUUCCUGCGAUUUCUCCUACUGCAGUGAGCCUUCCGAAUUGGACGAAACAGUGGAGGAAUACGAAGAUGAAUCUAAUCUUUUUGACAUGGUCUGUGAGUCCUCGGUGACGGACGAAGAUAGCGAUUUUGAAUCUCAUCGUCAAAGAUCUCAGAUAAAUUCCCUUAAAAGGCCUGGCCCAUCUUCUUCACUACAUUUGGACUCUCAGUCUCAGGUCAUUGAUGGAAGCAGCAGUGAUGUUUUAGCCAAAAAAAUAAAGCAAGAACUGCCCGAGGAUUAUUAUAUUGUGGCGAAUGCCGAAAUCACUGGUGGCAUUGAUGGCCCUGCAUUGUCCUUGACGCACAUGUCAAAACCUAAAGGUGGAGCCUCCUACCCUGUGGCAUCUAAGCUAACUUCUCACUCAUCUCCUUCCCUCAGUGCUGACUUUGAUUUACAGAAUGUUUCAGCCUCUUCACAAGUUACAUCAAGGCCAGUGACCCAGAAACCUCCCAAACUCAAUAUGCCUUCCUCAAGCAGAAGGCCUGGUAACAUCCCAAUCGUAAAUCCUCAGGUGGCCCUCCAGGUGCCUGCCAGUACUUCUAAUUCUGGCAAACCUAUCAGCAUUCCUUUAUCAGCCUUGCAGCUCCCUGGGCAAGAAGAGCUGUUGUCAGCCUCAGAAGAUCUCCUCCAGCCUGGCCCAAAUCAAGUUUCCAAUGAUGUAGCAUUGUCUCCUUCUGUUAGCACGGAGCCGGAGGUUAGCUCUAGCCAGCAGCAGCCAAGCACUGUUCCCAGCACAGUCACUGAGCCUGUGGCACAGACAAUAGCAGACCAAGAUGAGAGAGCUGCUGAACUUAGAGAGCAAAAUGAGAAAACUAUUCGCAGUACCCAGACAGCUCUCCGAAACUUCAGAGAUUUUCUCAUCUCUAAAUAUCCUUCAGAAACCAGGGAGAUCUACAUUAUUCCUUGCAAAGAACUAGAUGCUUACCUAGCAUCCUUUUUUGUCGAUGCUCGGCAGAAGGAUGGUUCAGAAUAUGAGCCAAAUAGCUUGGCCAACUACCAAUGUGGGCUGGAGCGGUAUCUCAAAGAGCAUCGAUAUGGAUACAGCAUCACCCGAGACAAGGAAUUCAAGAGGUCCCAAGAAGCACUGAAGCAGAAGCAGAUGGAACUGAGGUGUAAAGGCAAAGGCAACAAGCCCCACAAAUCAAUGAAGCUUACUUUUGCCGAUGAGCUGAUUCUCCGCAAAAGAGGCCUGCUAAGCCGAUAUAAUCCUGAGGGGUUGCUAAACCUUGUCUGGCUCAACAACACAAAGGCCUUUGGCCAUUGUACUGGCUUCCAUGGGUCGACUCUCAAAUGGGGGGACAUUAGACUUCGGGUGACAGAGACCGGCUUAGAAUACUUGGAAUGGAUGGGCCAAGAUGGCAGUGAUGGGAAUGCCAAGAUUAAGAGGACAGGCACAGAUUCCAGAGUGUAUGCAACUCAGCACGCUCCACAGACUUGCCCCGUGCAAGAUUAUAAAGAAUAUGCGCAAAGGCGCCCCCCCGCGAUGCGGUACGAGGAUGCCCCUUUCUACUUAUCCAUUAAACCGGUUGUUAAUCUAGCUGCAUUACACUGGUACAAUUGUCAGGCCUUAGGUAAGAACAAACUAGCCAAGAUGGUCAAGACUAUGUGUGAGAAAGGGAAUAUUCCUGGAAGGAAGACCAACUUCAGUGUGUACCAGAGCUGCAGCACCCUCUCGGAAGCCCAGAGUAACCAGCUGGUGCUAAUCUGCAACAACCUAAGCCAACAGGCUGCUCAGUCUGUAGCAAGCCAUUCUAGCACUGGCAACUUCAUAGUGUCUGCAUCUUAUGACUCUUCUUCCGAUACAGCUUGAAAGGACGCUCAGCGUGACCAUGAGGUGCUUGAAGCUUUGGUGUCCAGUAACAUGCAUUGUCUGUAAUUCUACAGUUCUCAUCGGACUCGCCUUUCUCCAGUGUCAAAUCCCAUUAUCAAAGCAUUUAUAUAUACAUACCACAUAUAUAAAUAUAUAUAUAUUUCUUUUUAUGAAUAUGUGAAUAGAAAUAGCUUAGCCUAAUUUAUAUAGUAUUUCUUAAUGCUGAUGGUGAAUAAAGAAGCAUAUUUAUGGGGUGCUAAUUUAAUGGCUGAUUAUAAAACUGGAAAAUAAUUUUCAGGCCAUCCCUAAUUUUAGCAUUACCCACAUUUUAAACUUUAGUCUGUGUGAAAUUUGAUUAACUGUCACUUCUUUCCGAAGCAAGAUGCAAUUUAUAAUGUAAGACAAUAUUGACCAUUCUUUAUUAAAAGCCCCAAUAAACCCUCCAUAUGACCGAAUAGAUAUGGAGACAAUUUAAAUGUUGAUACAUUUUGUGAAGUUCUUUGAAGGCAUCAUGAAUAAGGGCAAAUUUUUGGAAUUGCCUCUAUACCAAUCAGCAAUGCUUUCUGGCAUUUGCUUUCAUUGCCUUUGAAAAGCACCCCAGCUUCAUUUUUAAAAGUAGAAUCAUCCUCAAAUUCUCAAGCCUUUUAAAAGUGUGGCAUGAAUUUGGUUUGUGAGAGAAUGAAAGCAGGAAUAUUUUUCUACUUUAUUUAGUUCUUUUUGUAGUUCAGCUAGAUUUUUUAAAAAAGUUUUUUAUGUUGAUGAGGCAAUAGAGAAGGAAAAGAAUUAAAAAAGGGCUGCUAUUUAUUGCAGUGUUUUCUGUUUACGAUUUAGGUCCCAGAAUGUCAGUUAUGCCAGCUAAGAAAAAAAAAAGAAAUGCUAACAAAAUAGCAGUUGUUUAAAAAUAAAAGUACUAUUAAUUAAUAUGCAAAAGAAAUAUCAUGGCAAAUAGGAAGACUGUUAAUUUUGGAAGGUUUGUCUUUUAGUACUUUCUGUCUAGCAGCUUCAUUUUGUGGGGGUUUGAAACAUGCUUUUGAACAUUGAAUUACAUUUUAAUCUGCUGCAUUGAAUAUCUACAAUCCAAAAUAGUUUAACUCUGGUUGAUUUAAGAUUGCUUAACUCUACUGGAUUGUGACCCCUCCACAAUGGUGGAGCCCCACAAUUGGGAUAACUCCAAAAUUAAUUAGCAACAACUGCAACAUCCAUACUUCAUGUGUACAUUGUGGAUCGGAUGGCAAGGUAGCUGUGCAGACGAAUAGGUAAGAAAUUGCAGAUCAGCUGUUUCAAGGCUCUAACUCAAGGGAAGGAAAAAUCUGGAAGAUCAGUAGUUGCACUAAUGGAUGUGGACCAGUGGUGGGUUUCAAAAUUUUUUACUACCGGUUCUGUGGGUGUUGCUUGAUGGGCAUGGCAGGGGAAGGAUACUGUAAAAUAUCCAUUCCCACCCCAAUCCAGGGGAAGGUUACUGCAAAAUCCCCAUUUCCUCCCGAUCAUCUGGGACUUGAGAGGCAGAUAAUAGAUGGGGGCGGGGCCAGUCAGAAUUUUUACUACCAAUUCUAUGAACUACUCAAAAUUUCUGCUACCGGUUCUCCAGAACUGGUCAGAACCUGCUGAAACCCACCUCUGCCGUGGACUGCAAAAAUCCAGAUGAUUAUUAGAUAGCAGCAAAAAGAAAGAUUAGAAUCAAUGAAACUUUGAUGCAAAAGAAAAGAAACAGCUUGUCUAGUCUUUGCCUUUUUUUCAAAAAGAGGGCUAUAGAAAUACCGCCACAUUGACAGGGUUCCACAGUGGGUCCCCAUGAAACAUUUCUUGAUGGAGGCAAGAGAAAAGCAUCUACUGAUUUGUUUAUAAAAAUAUGGACUUUUAAUAUAAUCGUAUCACAGAGAAUUGGGGCAAUACUUUAAAGCCAGGGAACAGGUAAAACUCUUGUAGAUUUCCUCCCACCCAUCCAUUUUAGGCAUUAAAGUAGAAGAAGAUUUGUGGAUAUAAAAACUCUUGAUUAGUGGGUUGCAGGGAACUGGCAUUUGCUGCCCAUUUUAUGCAAUAAAAUAUGUUAAACCGGUCCUGGGGACAAGUGAAUGUCAUCUGUGCACUCUUCAUAAGAGAAUAAUGUAGUUAAAUUCAGUGUUGCUUUCGCUUAUACAAACGGGGAGGAUGUGUCUUGUUCUGUCUAUGAAUCCUCUUUCACGAUGAUAAACAAAUCUUAUUUCAAAUUAUGCAUUCCUAAUUUCUGCUACCAUUUAUCUGACAAGAAAUGAAUCUUCCUGUAGCAGCUCCUUCCUUGCACACUAACCUUCCCUUUCCUCUCCUGUAAAGUAAUUACUUAUUCACAGCAAUUUAUACUUGUCUUCGGCCAGAAAGGCAUCUAAAGUGACUUACGUAUUAUUAAUUUUAAAAAGGCAUCAUCCCCAUUAAAUUAUAUACAUCAGACAAAAGCGAUGGGAAUGAAAGAAAAGAAGCUAACUCUAGCUACGCAGUGGUGGGAUUCAGCCAGUUCGCACCACUUCGGGAGAACCGGUUGUUAACUUUCUGAGCAGUUUGCCAAACUGGUUGUUGGAAGAAAUCAUUAGGGCAGAGAACCGGUUGCUAAAUUACUUGAAUCCCACCACUGUAUCUACGGAUCUCCAGUUAGCUGGAGAAGAUGGAGCCAUUCCAGCAGCUGUGCCACAAGUCUGAUUCCGUCAGGUUUUUCUUCUCCCUGAAUUAUUUUCAUUCCUGUUGACCAUUUUAGUUUAAUGGUCAUGCUUGCUGAUGAUCGAAUAACUAGCUGGAAUGAAAAGUACGGGGAAGGAAGAGAAAGCUGAUGGAAGUGGCCUGGAAGGGUGCCGAUAGAAUGGCUCUUUAAAUAAUUUAGGAACCAAUUUGAUAAAUGCUAGAAUAACGACUUCAUGAAGUUGGUAGUGUCAUGGUUUAAAGAUGCUUUAUCUGUCUCAGUACCCGGAUGACUCAGCAUUAUUGAAGGAAGCAUGAAUUCUGCUUUCGAUCACUGAAAAAUAUACCAUAAGUCUAUCUCUCCAUCGUCUGAAGCACAUCAACAUCUUCCAGUAAGAUAACAAUCCUAAACAUAUCAGCAGGUCUACAAGAGAAUGGAUGAAGAAAAAAAAAAUCAGCACUUUGGAAAGAGCCCCAGAGUGAGGCAGGUUUAAACCAUCUUUUGCUACAUUGCAGUUAAUCUUCGCUUCUAUUCCAACAAAGUCCAAGGAGAAUUUAGCUGAAUAACAUAGGCUGGGUUGUGCUUGCUUUACUUUGGAAGGAAGUCAGAUGACUAUGACUGGAAACAGAUGCAACUGGACCUGCAAAUUUUGUAUCAGUAGUUGUUGUUGUUUUUCUUUUUUUUAACAAGAUGGCUGGGUAGCACUUCAACUCAGCAAUGGAG